AUGGACAUUAGUGAAAAUAAAAGCUAUUCACAACAAGAAGAUGAUUAUUUGCCACCCAUUGUGUCAUCAUAUAACGAUGAAACAAUCCUGCCCCCGCUCUUUGAUUGCGCGGAUAAGCUGCGGCGAAGCUUAAACGUGAUGCAACAAUGUAUCCAACCCCCUCCAGUUCCUACAAUUGUUCUAGUUGGUGACAGAUGUUCAGUCGUAAACUUGAAGUUUCCCUCGAGUUUGAUGGGAAAACGAGGACACAGAAGUAGAACCGAUGAUGAUGAUGAUGAGUGGCAUGUAGCCUUAGAAAUAAGUCGGGCGACAAACACAAUUGCUGGCACAACAAAUGGAAUAUCUAACAACCCUUUGACACUGCUCCUGAAAAAGAAAGGUUUUCCUAAUCUUACAAUUGUGGAUUUGCCAGGGAUUCCUACCUUAGACGAAGCUAAUAAAGAGAUAUAUGAGCGAAUACACCAGAUGAUUUUGAAUUAUAUAACCCCCGAGGACAGGAUUAUCUUGAAUAUAUUAUCAGCCAGUACUGAUUCAUUGCCUAAAAAAUUUGAGUCAAUGAAUAUAUCUAAGAAAGUCGACAAGAAAUGUGAAAGAACUCUAGUAGUUGUGACCAACGCUGAUAAUGCUCCUCAUAAGUUCCUUAAUGAGCUAGUACUUGAUAAAGUUACUGCGAUGGGACUUAAUUAUGUCUGUGUCAGGAAUAACAUUGACUUGGAGACUUUAAAAGAAUCCGAGAUUAUAGAGGCUACGCUUUUUGAAACGAAUGAAUUUCUAUCCAAGAUUAACAAGUCUAUGGUUAGUAUUCCAGUUUUAGCUCGUAAAUUGAUGAUAAUUCAAGUAAAGAUUACUUCAACAGAUAUCCAAAGGAAAAUCAAGGAUAGGCUUAAUGCGAAUGUCACAGAACUCAAAAAGUUACCAAGUCAGUGCUUCAGCACAGUCGCUGAAGCACUAAGAGUAGUCAUGCAAUUUGUGACUUCAGCUAAGAAGUUAUUGCAGACAAUUCUUCCAGGAGGGAAUAAGUUCGAUGACCACAACGAGGAUUGUACUAUGUAUAAGAAGUCAUUGCAGACAAUGCUUGACCAGUAUUCUGCUCAGUUACAUUCAAAGAAUCUUGAAAAGAAAGAAGACUUCUUGAUGGAAGAGAUCAUGUAUAUAAAGGACAGAAUGGUGAAUGGACUUUCAAUUGAUUUCCUCAGUUUUCUGCACGAAAAGGUCGAUGGGAUUUCUAAAAUGGCAGAAGAGUUUGUGGGCAAAAUGUGGAACUGCAUAGAAAGAGUUAUCAUCGAUGUUUUGAUGCAUCAUUUUGAUAGUCACCCGCAACUUCAAGAUUCCACUGGAAGAGCUGUGCAAAACCUUAUUGCCCAAAAGAAUGAUGAAUCGGCUAAUUGGGUACGAGAAAUCAUUGGGAUGGAAAAGUUGGCUAUAGAUGAAGAUGACUGCACACUGGAAGAUAUUUUGGACGAGGCAGGUGGAUUUAAUUUUAUGGCGUUGCAUAUGAUAUCUGCUGUUGGAAAAAUGGUUAUUAACAAUGAGAUGGAAGAGUAUAUUGCUAAUUACCUAACGACAAGUAAUGAGAUUGAAGAAGCACCCGAAACGGCAAAGGCUUGA